CUCCAUCUCCAUCCGCCCGAAAUGCCACCACCACAUCUCACAAUACCGUCCCCAAAACAUCUGUAUGCUCACCUUUCUAAAUAUGUCGUGGGCCAGGAGAGAGCGAAACGCAUACUAUCAGUUGCCGUUCACAAUCACUACCAGCGCAUUGCAUCCCUACUGCCGCCCGUAACAGAACAAGAACCGUCACCUCCCAAACCUCCACGGCCACAGCCACCACCUAUUAUUCUUGAAUCCCCUAUCCCUUAUCCGCCCACAUCUAGCAUUUCCUACUUUUCAGGGUCACACGCUUCCAAUUUCAAGAAAAAGGAGCGCGCUUCAUACAAGCCAUCGGAUCCCGCUUCUUCUCACUGGGAUCCUAGCACAGCUGGAAUGUCCCCCCAAGACCCAACUAUAACACAUGACCUUCUAACUCUGCGCUCGAGAGAGGGCCAGUGGGCGCGUAAUGGGUAUUUUGAGCCACUCCAGCCAUCCACUCCUCUCCCGACUUUAUCAGGACAGGUAACCAAACGUCAAAGAGUUACAAGUGAACACGAUAAAUCACUCUCUAAUGAAAAGACUGCUAAAUCCUACAAGGGCAAAACCUAUGCGACCCAUAACGAAUCUAUAGGUAAUGGAUCCGAGACCCCAGAACACGAUGAUACCAGAGUCGUAGAGGGCGAGAGUGUGAUUAUUGAGAAAAGCAACGUCCUCAUGAUUGGUCCGACUGGUACUGGAAAAACCUUGAUGGCCCGAACGUUGGCUCAGAUGCUGAAUGUUCCGUUUGUAACUUGCGAUGCCACUACUUAUACUCAGGCAGGGUAUGUUGGGGAAGACGUAGAAAACUGUGUUCUUCGUUUGCUGCAAGCUGCCAAUUACGAUGUGGGCAAGGCAGAGAUCGGCGUCAUCCAUAUAGAUGAAAUCGAUAAAAUUGCUAAGCGUGGGGGUAGCGACGUCGGAGGAGGCGGGCGCGAUGUAGGGGGGGAGGGUGUACAGCAAGCCCUCCUCCGCUUGUUGGAAGGCACAUCACUAACGCUAUCCGCAAAAGCCCCAGCAAUUUCAUCUUCCACUCACAAUUCUUCCGUUUCUCCAUUUCCACCCCCACUUGGAGGAGGCAUGGGAUCAGGAAGUCCUUCCAAUACACCGAAAGCAACUAAUCGAGCGGUAUUUGGAGACCCUCCUGGAUGGGAUUUCAACAAUUCUUCAAACAAAGGGCUUGGAGGAAAGCGGAGUGUGAGGGAAGGCCUACCUGGAUAUAAUAGCAAUGGGGGCGGAACUCCUGCUAAAGGUGAUACUUUCGUUGUAGAUACUUCUAAUAUCCUUUUUGUUCUAUCUGGAGCAUUUGUUGGUUUGGAACAGAUUAUCAACCGCCGCAUUGGCAAGGGUUCAAUUGGUUUUGGCGCUCCCCUUCCUCAAUUAACCACCGACUUUUCUAACCAAUCUUCGCCCUUGAAAGGACUUUCAACUGUCGAUCUUACCAAUUACGGUCUUAUUCCGGAAUUCCUGGGUCGUCUUCCCAUCCUCUCUACACUCCAUCCGUUAUCAAUCGAUGACAUGGUUCGUAUUCUUGCUGAACCGAAUAAUGCUCUAUUGAAGCAAUAUAUCAAGUUGUUUGAAAACUAUGGCAGUGAGUUGUGUUUCACCGACAAGGCUGUAAGGGAGAUAGCCCGGGAGGGGCUCGAUAGAGGUGGGGGCGCCAGAGGUUUGAGAGGAGUCUUAGAGGAAGUCCUUCUAGACGCCAUGUUUGAGGUACCUGGAUCUUCUGUGAGGUAUUGCCUAAUAACAGAGGCCGUGGUUCGUAAGGACUGCGCGGCUCAUUAUUUCUCUCGCGGACAGAAUGUAGCAUUUUUGGAAGCGAUUGAGAGAGAACGGUUGCCUUGAGGAAUUAAGGCAUAUCAAUGAGUAAAGGAGGUUCCGCGUGUAGAAGAUUAGAUUUGUACAUCUUUGUUGUAUGCAUCUGCUGUAAC